CACCCCACGUGAAAAGGAACCCGGAUCGAACAGACAGAAACGACGGCGGCCGUCCACUAGUCAGGCCGCGAGAAGCAGCAGACAGGCCUGCCAGCCAGAUUCCCGCAGUCGCUCUCCCCCGUUCGUUCUUUCCUGGCGGCGAGAGUUGCUCUACCGCUGCCUCCACCCGCCGCCGCAGAAUCGUCCGAGGUUGUACCACGCGCAGCCGCUGCCGCGAGUUGCCGCGACCACUUCUUCGCCGUGCUGGUGGUUGGUGCCGGUCGACGUCGUCGGCGCUGCGGGGAGAUUGGGACCGGAUACCGCCGUGCCGCGGGCAUCGCUUCGCCGUAGCUCCACCAACUACAACGACGUCCCCGACUAGUCGUGUGUCCCCGGCUAGUCCUUGGCUAGCAGAAAAGCCCGUAGGAAGUGUUAUCUUCAGUGUGCGUGCGUGAAGCCGUGCUUACCUUCAUUUCUUCGGCACCGUGGUGGAUACGCAGGCGACUGUCCGGUGUCUUGAGAAACAGCUGCCGCAAGUUGGUUCGCUUUCAGCUCAGCCUCCGAGACCCAAAGGCCCAUCUUGUGCUUGACCGUCCCGGCCAGCCUUCGCUGUAUCUCUGAUUGUUUCGAUUGAGAUUGUUUGCUUCUUCGAGGAAUACGCCCUCCGUUUUUGUUUCGUUUUUUUUUUUGUUUAAUCUUCUGCGUGUUUUUGAAAGAUCUUCGCUUCGUCAGCGGCUUGCCUGCUCCACUCGGUGCACCUGGUCGAGAACACCGCUCUAUCCACCGAUUUGUGUGUGUUUGUGAGUGUGCGUGUUGUGCCCCCGUGCUUGUGCGCCGUGUGAACAAGAAAAGAAAGUUAAGGCGAGCCAUCGUUCCCUGCACCGAGCACCCCUCCUCCUGUUCCCGUGCUCGCUCUAGCGCGGGGGGUCAAGACGGCGGCCCCUGCUCGUAUUGUCAUCGUGAGAGCAUCAGGAGAUGCAUCAUGACGAUCAGCAGCUGACCAACGACCUAUCCGCUUCGUCCGACGACGCGAUGGAGUCACUAACGGACAACACACUGGCCGUCGGCUCUCCUCCUUCCCCGGCAGCGACGGCACCCGAAGGGGUCGUCAACCCGGCGUUCGGUCGAGGAAGACGAGGUGCGCAACAACCUGCGAAAGAGCAGCAGUCAGCACAAGAGCCUCGAGGAGGAGAAGAACGCUGUGAACCAGCAGCAGAACGGCAAGAUCCUCAACCACCACCGGAUCCAGAUUCCGGACGACGCGGUCAUCAACUACGACACGGCGCGCACGCGCAAGUCCCUGCAGCGCAACGGCGACGUGGUCGCGCUGGACGUGUUCGCGGACUCGGCCAAGGCGCAGGAGGCCCUGAUGGGAGGGCUGGCCAAUGGCGGCUCCGAGGGCGUGCGGCCGGUUUCUAGUCCCCUGACCAGCGGUGGCAGCUCGGCGGCGGCCGGCGACGCCGGCACCAAGAUGUUCGAGGAGUAUUUCAUACCCGUCAACACGCACAAAAAGUUCCUCCGCGGCGAAAAGCUUUAUUUAACGAAAGAGAAGAGAAAAGUGUGUUCCGGGUGGAAGCGCAUGUUCCUCUGCUGUCUUCUUCUCGUGAUUUUAGGCAUCGCUGUUCUAGUGGGAGUGUUAGCAGCAACUGGGUUCCUGCUGAGUGAUUCUAAGUCCUCUCCAAAGUCCGUUCACGUCGACCCCAGUAGUCCGAGCAUGUACGCCGGCUCGUCGACGCUAAAAGGUGCGCCGCAGCCAAAAGAGACGAGCCCGCCACCACAGUCAUUACCGCCAUCAUCGCCACCUGCAAUUGUAGUCAUUCCUAUCACCACUACCACCAGUUUACCAACCACGCAACAACCGACCCGACCUCCGCCUUCAACGACAGUCAGCGAAACCGCAGUGACCUCAGUCGCCAGCAUGAACCAGUCGACGACGCUGACGCCGCAGUAUCCCUUAGUACCGAUUGAAGUCACGGCAGAAAACGUAACCACGGAGUUUACGUCCCCGUUUGCCGGCUCCGUCGACUCUUCAGACACUACUACGAGCGUUCCGGUAACCAGUGAUGCCUCGCUUACGACCACGGACUCUAACCAGAAGACAGAGGGGACCGACACGGUCGUUCCAGUGACCAGCGUUCCGCCGGUUACAUCUCCUGUGACGACGGUUGAGAGUGUGCCGUCAACGUCGGCAGAAGACAUCACACCAACAGUGACAGCUAUGACGGAUGCCUCUGAAGACACAUCUACGGUCACUUCUCCCGCUCCUGUUGUAGGUGGGACGACCACCGAAGCCUCCACUACCGUAACAGAUGCCUCGACGACGGCUGGAACUACCACGCAAGCUCCGUUCGCUGUAAAUGACUCCGCGUCAACGAUGAUGACGACUUCUGAAACGGAGCGGUUGAGACGAGAGCCUCAGUAG